GCGAAUCGGGAACAUCGAUAGUAUCCCUCUUUACUUGGCAUUUUCGAAGAAGAACGCGGUAGGUCCGCCAUAUUUUAUCCCGAAAGAAAUUAACGAUUCGGAAGGUUUGCGAAGGUGUUCCGUUAUAUAUAAGAGUAUAAGAAAAUGAGUUAUGGUCGAGGGCCACCUACAAUCGACGGUAUGACAUCUUUAAAGGUUGAUAAUUUAACAUAUCGCACAACACCGGAUGAAUUGAAAAGAGUUUUCGAGAAAUAUGGCGACGUUGGCGAUAUCUAUAUUCCGCGUCAUCCUUACACGAGGGAAAGUCGCGGAUUCGCAUUUGUUCGAUUUUACGAUAAAAGAGAUGCCGAAGAUGCUAUGGAUAAUUUGGACGGGUUCGUUUUAGACGGAAGGGAAUUGAGAGUUCAAAUGGCUCGUUAUGGCCGUCCUAACGAGUCGUGGAGAGGUCCGAGUCGUAACAGAUACGGAUUCAAUCGUAGAACUAGAUCCAGAUCUAGAAGUCGAAGUUAUCGAAGAUCUAGAUCACGAUCUCGAUCCAGAAGAUCACGUUCUACAUCUCGUAGUAGAAGGCAUCGACGUUCAAGAAGUCGUUCCAGAAGACACAGGCGUAGUCGUGACGAUUCUAGAUCAGAAUCUCGUUCCCGAAGCCGGAGUAAAAGUAGAGGAAAAAGAAAGCAUAAGAGUCCUAGCAAAAGCCAAAGUAGAAGUAGGAGUCGGAGUGUUAGUAAAGAGAAGAAUGGUAGUGAAAAGAGAAGCAAGAGUAGAAGUAAGAGCAGAGAUGGUAGUCAGAGCCCUUGCGCAAGCAAGAGCCCUGCAAAGAGCGUCAGUCGUAGCAAGAGCCGUAGUAAGAGCAGAAGCAGAAGUCGAAGUCCAACCAAAAGCCGUAGCAGAAGCAAAAGUCGUAGUAGAAGCAGAAGUAGGAGUGCAGAAAAUAAUAAUAAUGCCAGAGAAAGCAGAAGCAGAAGUAAAUCACAAAGUCCAUAAUGAUUACAACUUGGAGUAAGCAUCAUGACAUUACAAGAAUCAUAAUUCCAGGCAGAAUAUUGUGCAUAACUCUGGAUUGUUCUUAUAAUUUGAAGGUUAUGUGUUAACUUUUUUCACUUUAUUCAUUGACAUACUGUCAUCUACCCUUCAUAAAAAAAUUUUUUUAAUUAGUACACCAGUAUUAUGCAUGGGAUAAAUAAUUAAUUUGCUGGUGGAUUAAUUAUCUACCUGCAUGAUUUUUAAAAUACGACACAUUUACUUUAAUCUGCUUAUUUCAUAAUUUUUAGUUCAUUGUUGAUCUUUACAGCAUGAUUCAUUUUUCUUUAUAACUUUCUUUAAUUGAAUAUUAUAAUUUAGUAAUUCUUUUUAAAGAAUCAAACAUGACAUACACUUUAAACAGGAUCUAUUUAACAUAGACUCAAAUAUUUGAAUAAUAUUAGUGCUGAAAGUUAAUUCUAUCAUAUAAUUUUCUUUAAUGUUUAUUUUUCUCAAUAGUAAAUGAAACUUAUUGUCACCUUUCUUUGUGAUUCCAGGAAUAUAAUGCAUUACAAAAUUAAGAAAUGUUUAAAAUUAUCUGACUAUAUUGCAGAUUGCUAGCGAAUAAAUGCAGUUAAUUGAUCAUAAAUUCGGUUCACAAGUGGACCCACUGCAUUUUCAGUUUUGGAAGUUUUAUAAAAAUGCAGCAUACCAUGAAAGUAGCAACUGCAUAUCAUGGCAGAUGACAACGAUUAAAUUAAGCAAAAGAAUAACAGUCUUAAUUAUUGAAUUUUGCUUUGUUUUUAUGUAAACUUUCUUAUAAGAAACAUAUUAAUUAAAUGCAAUCGAGUAUAAUGUUUUUGUCAUGUUUAGUGAGACGAGCAUCUUUUUUUCUAUGUAGUUGGUACAAUAAAAACUGUCUUAAAAUUCUGACUGAUGUUUAUUUCUAUAUAACCACAGGCGCAGUAGUGUUGCAGUUAAUGGUUCCUGUGCUGUCCUGUUCCUGUUGUUCCUGGUUCCUGUACCAGCUGAAUGCGGAUAUGUACCUGGCUGCCAGAUUUUAGGGCCCAGUGUGCAGUGCUGUUGUUGCUGUGGGAGCUGACAAGCAGGGCAUUUGCUGCCGAUCCUGUGUUCUGGAAAGGGGCUAAAUAGCACUGCGUAAAAUUCUUAUCCGCAAAUUUGUUUUGUUUUUUUUUUAAUUAAUUAAAUGUAGACAAUAUUAGAGAGUCCUGAUAUAAGAUAAAUUUUAAUAAUAUAUUUCUUAAAUUUCAAAGUUUAAAUAUAUAAUUUUGACCUUGAAUAGACAGCAUUUUUAAAUUUGAACCUAAAUAUCAAACAGCCUGAAUCAAAUAUGAUGAUUCUUAAUCUGGACUUUCCAAGUGUUUUUUCACAGGUGCAGUUGCUGCUGUAUUGUUCCUGCCGGUGACAAAAGUGCGAUAAAUUGUAUAAGCCUCCAAGGGAACUUCAUAUGUAAUUGUUCUUGAAAUCUUAAUUUGUAAAACAAUAUUAGUUUUGACUACUUACUAUAUAUAUAUUUCCUCUUUCUUCUUUAAACAUCCUAACAUUUACAAUUACAUUAAUUGUUGUAAAUGGAAAGAGAUUUUUGUAUAAUUUAACCUUAAAAAAUUUUAAAUUGGUUUUGACAUUUUCUCUUUCAAAUAUUUUAUUUCCUGUAACUUAUAUUUUUAUUAAUCCUGCUAAAAAUCUUAACAUGUUAACCCUUUAUUCAUUAUGCCUAAAUUUGCUUAAUUAUUAAUCACUAAUAAAAAUUGCAUUCUAUUGGGAAGUACUCAAUGGAAUUCUGUAAACAGUCUGAAAGCAUCUUAAAAUGCAUCUGUUUUUGAAACAAAGACAUAUCUCAAUUAUUUAUUUGGUCUGUGCAUAGUUUUCAUAUCUUGUUAAAAUAUAGGUCAACAUAGCUGUAAAAUUUAAUUAUAGAUUUAAUUUUCUCAUUACUUAAAUGGAAAAUACAAACAACUUUAUGUUCAUUUUAAUGAAUUCUCAAAUGUUGUUUUUUUUUUCCUUUUUUAAACUACUGCAUUUAGCUUUUAUUUUGCCAAAAGAUAUUGCAUUUUUCUUUCUCAAAGGUUUAGUUUAUUGUAAUUUCUUUACCUUCCCAAUAUCUAUAUAUUUUUACAAAAAAUUGUGGUAUGUUUUCUGUAAUUCAUUUGAAGAUGUAAAUAUUUGAAGAGGAAAAUAUAAUAAUUUGUUAUAAUUAAUGAGAAAUUGUUGUUUGAAUUCGUUAAAUGAGAAUCUAGCAGAAUUUAACAUGUAGGCUAUGUUUUAGAAAAGAAUUAAAACAUGAGAGAGUAAUUUCCUUUUAAUUUAUCCAUAUUAGAAUUAAUCUAGUUGAUUGUGUAGUAUAGUUAACAUUUUCAUUGUGAGUGUAACUUUGAAGAAUUUUGAAAUAUAUGCCAAUGGCUAACUGAACAAAAAUGAUGCAUUUUUCAGUUAGAAGUGAAUUACACCUAGCUUAAAAUUUGCUUCUUCUUUAAUGUUAUUUCAGACUAUUUAUUGCAGACCAAGUGAAUGACUUCCGAUAGUUUAACAUUUCAGGUUUCAACACGUCUAGCUAAAAUUUUUAGUUAAAAACUGGUCUACGAGUGCUCAAGGCAAAAUUAUUUGUCUUGGACUUAUAAAAAA